AUGUGGAUCACUCUUCUCAUUCCUCGCAUCGAGGACGGAAACAACUUUGGAGUCUCUAUACAAGAGGAGACCCUUGGGGAGGUGCGAAACGUCGAAAGCGAAGCAGCUUCGUUCCUUGAUCAGAUGAGCAGAUAUUUCACAAGUAGGGCUAAAUUGCUCACAAAGAUUGCGAAGUAUCCGCACGUUGAUGACUACAGAAGAGCCAUUCUUGACAUGGACGAGAAACAGUUCAUUAACAUAAGGUACAUCUUCCUUCUCAUUUUCCUAUGUGAUAGUGCUCGAUCUAGAUUGGUCGUUCUCGAGAUGCGAAAUCAUUUUUCCACACUAUAUGACAUCAUCACGAAAAACAUCGAAAAGAUCAAGAAGCCUCGAAACAGUAACAUGGACAUGCUGUAUUAG